UAAAAUUGUGAAUGUUUCAUGCUGUAAAAGUCUUUCAUACGUGAAUAUAACAUUGUUUGUAUCAUAUUCAGAAUUUGAGGGAAACGUGUCUAACAGUGAUUACGACGGAGAUAUUUCAGAUACGAGUGCUGCAAUAGAAGACCAAGAGGAAAUCAUCUCGGAAACCGACAUUCAACAAGACAUCGAACUACAACAGAUCUGCGCAGUGUGGCGUGAAUUCUUCGAAGCAAAGACUGAUUUAUUGGAAAACUUUGGACAGAUUGAUUAUACACUUGAAUCUGGUCGAGGUACAGAUUUUAUCCCUUUACUCUACAGCACGCUUGAAAAUGUGAAUAGAUGUCUCUCAGUGAGCAUAAAGUUGAUUAGAAAAUUGUAUGAUAGAUAUGGCGCAGAAACGACUGAAAUGCAGUUCGGAUAUGGAGAUUAAAAAAAAGAGAACCGAAAAUUCUCCAUUAUCGCAUGAUUUCUUUUAUGACGGAAACCAGAGUUUUUCAAAUGAUUCGCACACACCCCUGAACCCAUAUUUAACUGAAGCGAUCAACAGGCUGAACGAAAGUUUAAUACCGUCACACCAAGUCGUUAGUGAGAGACCUAAUCAGAGUCCAAAUCACGUCGUAUCAAACACAACGGUAACGCCGAAUGAUAUAUUUUCUGAAUUAAAUCAAUGUCUGUUAGAGUUACAUAAUAACCUAAAUGAACACGGUCAUUCAGUACAAAUAAACCCUGAUCUAAUCGAUGCAGUCAAUCAGUUGAAUGAAAAUUUAAGAUCGUCAGAACAGAACAAUACUCAAAAUGAAAACCCCAGACGAAUUUCCAGUCAAACUGUAUCAAGUACGCCGGUCACGUCGCACGACAUAUUUUUCGAAUUAAAUCAAUGUCUGUUAGAGUUACAAAAUAACCUAAUCGAACAAAGAGAAUCUUUGCAGAUAAAUCCAUGUUUAAUAGACGUGGUGAAUCAAAUCAAUGAAAAUAUGUCAUUACCUCCCGUUCAGAAUAUCGUCUCGACUCCAGAAAACGCUCAGGAACCUAGUCCGUUAUCUUCUCAUGAUACGAUACACGAACUUAAUCAAAGUAUUAUGAGGAUAAAUGACGGUCUUGUUAACUUAAUCGAAAACCCUGACAAUAUUGCACAAAAUUCGGAAAACGAUAAUGAACGCAACCGCCCAAUGGAAAACAUACACUCACCUAAUACCCAAGAUUCUCAAAUGGAAAACACACAUUCGCCCGAUACCCAAGAUUCUCAAAUGGAAAACUCGCCCGAUAUCCAAGUAGAGCAAGAGGGUGAUGGAUUAGAUCCUAAUAUUAGAAUAAUUAAUCGGGAAAGAUUCAACAACACUGAGAUUAGGAGAAGAGUGAAUUUUUCUUCUAUCGCGAACGUUGACAGCUUUGCAGAUUUUUAUAAUUAUGUUUUAGAGAUUUUAAACAGCGCGAUUGAAAUCGCUAACAAUUUAAUUUCUGCCAAGGAUGUAGUAACCGUUGAAAUUAGAGGUGAUACGGUCAAUGUUUCAUCACGCGUUCAAAUAGACAAUGGUGUCAUCGAUUUAGGUUCUUUUCUGACCAUGCUCGAAAAUGCAAUUCAGAGUAAACGUGAAAUUUUUACCGAUAAUACCCUUGAAAUAGUCGUCCAAAUCGUCCGACCACUUCGGGGUGGUGGAAAUAGAAGGAAAAUAGGCCAUAUAUUCAAAUCAGAAACCCUGCAGAAGAAAAUGCAGCAUCUAUACAUUUUUCACAACAGAGACAACAUGUGCUUCGCCUUCGACAGGAGUGGGGGACCGCUUGCUGUGCCAGAUGUUCACCACCAGCUCCUUGGUUUUCCUGAUGUUGAGCUGGAGGUGGUUGUUGUCAUACCAUCUUAUAAAGCUUUGAUAAGAUCUCUGUACUCCCCCUACUUUUUAUCUAUUAUACAGGCAACAAUGGAGAAGUCAUUCAAAAAUGUCUGUAGGUGGCAUGUUCCCAAAUUGCAGCAGAAGUCAGAGGUGUAG